AUGCAUCAGGCUCUCUGGGCCCCAGUUUCCCCUUCUGUAACGCAUCGGGCUCCCUGGGCCUCAGUUUCCCCUUCUGUAGCACAUCGGGCUCCCUGGGCCCCAGUUUUCCCUUCUGUAACGCAUCGGGCUCCCUGGGCCCCAGUUUCCCCUUCUGUAACGCAUCGGGCUCUCUGGGCCCCAGUUUCCCCUUCUGUAACGCAUCGGGCUCUCUGGGCCCCAGUUUUCCCUUCUGUAACGUAUCGGGCUCCCUGGGCCUCAGUUUCCCCUUCUGUAACGCAUCGGGUUCCCUGGGCCUCAGUUUCCCCUUCUGUAACGCAUCGGGUUCCCUGGGCCUCAGUUUCCCCUUCUGUAACACAUCGGGCUCUCUGGGCCUCAGUUUCCCCUUCUGUAACGCAUCAGGGCCGAUAGUGUAUAAUGCAUCAGGCCCUGUUGAGGGGAUCAAGUCGGAUGAGUCGGUGCUCGAGGCCAUGCAGGCACUUGACAUUUAUUAAGCACCUGCUGUAUGCUAAGCCUGCUUGGAGCAUCUGGGGAGACCUCAGUGGAGCAGACGAGUCUCAGGGGUGAUCAGGGUUGGCGGGGAGGAGUCGUCCGGCUGCAGAGGGGUGGCCCAUCCUGAGUGGAGACCCAUUUCCCCUCUGUGACUGACAGCUCUGGGGCUCCCUGCGGGUCUCUGGCUUUCGAGGACAGGAAGAGGGCAGCCAGGGUAGAGGUCGGGGUGGGGGGGUCUCACAGCUGGGGCGGCCCCAGCAGGUUGGCUCCAGGAUCCUGGGUGGGGGCCGACCGUUGGGGUGCCCCUCCCUGUCCUCGGCCUUACCUCCACCCUGGAGGGUACCUUGAACAUAACAGGAAAUUUCAAAUAACAGGAAACCAAGACCAGUAAGUUGGGCGGCUCCACCCUGCCUCGGGGCCUCAGUCAGCCCCCGGGGGAGGCCAUGAAUGCCACGGGGACCCCGGUGGCCCCCGAGUCCUGCCAACAGCUGGCGGCUGGCGGGCACAGCCGGCUCAUCGUGAUGCACUACAACCACUCGGGCCGGCUGGCCGGGCGCGGGGGGCCGGAGGACGGCGGCCUGGGGGCCCUGCGGGGGCUGUCGGUGGCCGCCAGCUGCCUGGUGGUGCUGGAGAACUUGCUGGUGCUGGUGGCCAUCAUAAGCCACAUGCGGUCGCGACGCUGGGUCUACUAUUGCCUGGUGAACAUCACACUGAGCGACCUGCUCACGGGCGCGGCCUACCUGGCCAACGUGCUGCUGUCGGGGGCCCGCACCUUCCGCCUGGCGCCCGCCCAGUGGUUCCUACGGGAGGGCCUGCUCUUCACCGCCCUGGCCGCCUCCACCUUCAGCCUGCUGUUCACCGCCGGGGAGCGCUUUGCCACCAUGGUGCGGCCGGUGGCCGAGAGCGGGGCCACCAAGACCGGCCGUGUCUACAGCUUCAUCGGCCUCUGCUGGCUGCUGGCCACGUUGCUGGGAAUGCUGCCUUUGCUGGGCUGGAACUGCCUGUGCGCCUUUGACCGCUGCUCCAGCCUUCUGCCCCUCUACUCCAAGCGCUACAUCCUCUUCUGCCUGGUGAUCUUCGCCGGCGUCCUGGCUACCAUCAUGGGCCUCUACGGGGCCAUCUUCCGCCUGGUGCAGGCCAGUGGGCAGAAGGCCCCACGCCCGGCUGCCCGCCGCAAGGCCCGCCGCCUGCUGAAGACGGUUCUGAUGAUCCUGCUGGCCUUCGUGGUGUGCUGGGGUCCGCUCUUCGGGCUGCUGCUGGCCGACGUCUUUGGCUCCAACCUCUGGGCCCAGGAGUACCUGCGGGGCAUGGACUGGAUCCUGGCCCUGGCUGUCCUCAACUCGGCAGUCAACCCCAUCAUCUACUCCUUCCGAAGCAGGGAGGUGUGCAGAGCCGUGCUGAGCUUCCUUUGCUGCGGGUGUCUCCGGCUGGGCGUGCGAGGUCCCGGGGACUGCCUAGCCCGGGCCGUCGAGGCUCACUCUGGAACUUCCACCACCGACAGCUCUCUGAGGCCGAGGGACAGCUUUCGGGGCUCCCGGUCACUCAGCUUUCGGAUGCGGGAGCCCCUGUCCAGCAUCUCCAGCGUGCGGAGCAUCUGAGACUGCAGCCUUGCGUGCGGACGGUGCAGCCACCGGGUACGUGCCAGGCAGGCCCUCCUGGGGUGCAGGAAGCCGUGUACACGGAGCCUUGCUUGGAUGGGGAGCGGAGAACGGGACAGGCCCCCGUGGUCUUCCCGGUGGCCUCUUGGGCCUUCUGACGCCAAAUGGACUUCCCGUGGUCACUGUGGACAAGGAGGCAACUGCCCCACCUCCCUGUAGGAGCAGAGAGUGCCCUGGUGUGGGGGCGAGCGGGUUCCCCACACCCCCGCUUCUGUGUGAUUCUUGGGAAGUCCCGGCCCCUCUCCGGGCCUCCGUAGGGCUGCCAGGCUGCAAGGGGUGGACUGUGGGAUGCAUGCCCUGGCAACAUUGAAGUUCGAUCAUGGUAUGUGAUGUGGCAGCCUCUUAUUCCCCGGUGUGUGCAUGUGCGCGGACCGUGGCUCAGGGGGGCUGUGGAUCUAGGGGCAGCUAGGUGUGUCUUGGCUAGAGAGGGCCACGGGCCAGCGCCCUGGAGGCGUGGCUGUGAGGGUGGAGGGUGUGCGUGUGUGAACAACCUCUGGGCGUUGCAGGAAGUGGGGGUAACAGUGACAGUUAACCCCACCUCUUCUUGUUCACUUCCCUUUUAGAAAUGGCAGGGCCCCUGCACCGGCUCUGGCCUCUGCAUCUUUUGGGAACCCAGUCUGGGGGCCGGCAGAGGCAGCCGCCUUGGCUUCCUGGCCUGGGGGAUCUUCCCUCACGUCCCCUUCAGCACCAACGGCCUCAGCUUUCCCGGUCUGUAAAAUGGUUUAAUCACUGAAGCCGAAGCACAAGGUUGCCGGUUUGCACUCAGCACCAGCCACAGAGGCUGACGGCUGCGUGUCCCGUGAAACUCCAGUGGAGACGUGCCAGCUCCACACCAUUCGGUACAGGAGACACCAGCCCCACAGGGCUACAGUGCAAGCAGAGAACUGAAUUUCGCAGUGUAGGUUGUGUUGAAUUUGAAUCUGUUUGUAUUUCGGUAGCCCCUUGGGGUGGGUAGCCGCAGUUUCAGUGCAGAUGUGAAUCCGGAAGCUUCCAGCACUUGCAGCUCAGAGACAGUUCUCGCCCACCUCCUCCCAGGACCAAGCCAGCCCCGUCCUGUCCAGUGUCUGGACAGAGGCAGUCAGAAUCCACCGCACCCGCCUCCUGGGCUCAGGCAGCUCUGCUUUAAGUCAUGAUUUCUCCACUGCACGAUGGGGAAUGUGGUGUGUAGGGGCCAUUUACCCACGAAUACAGCAGCCAUGAGGCACACGUGGCUAUUAAAAAUUCAUGGAACUUG